GUGCUUAGCAGAUUCACUCAGUGUCACGUCAUGCCUGGAAAGAAAACGAUUUAUUUUUAAGCAUUUGGAUUUGAAGCAGCUCGUUUUACCACAUUUUUGCUUCAUGUCCAUAAAUCCAUAUAAUGUGUAGACGGUAAAAUGCAUUUUAUUAUGGAUGGAAACUUCACUGCAGCCACAGAGAGAGAAGCUAAUGAGAAACUAUCAGUUUUUAUUGCACAGUUUUAUGGAACGUUUAUGAAGCAUUUCUGCCACUAAAACAGGAUCAAUAAUACAUCGUGGGAAAUAAGUGCUGAUUCACUUUCUGGCGUUCACAGUCCGACAUCUCCGUAAUCCACCGCAAAAGUUCACAUUUUUUCAACGAACUCGAAGCAGAUUCUGGACCUCAUAAAAACUCGAUGUGGAGUUUUGCAAGCACAUCGAAGAUCACGGUGGUUCUCAAAGAAAUCAAUGCAGUUUGGAUUGAUUAAAAACAGAGUUCUGCUGAAAUGAGUCGUAAAUUAAAGCAUGUUUUGGGGUGCUUUUUUUGCAUCUUCUCUGUUAAAACUUGGAUUUUCUGGUAAAGAUGCUCCCUCUCUGUUUGUCUUUACCUGCUGGUGUCUGAUUCGGAGGGUUAAACUUCAGUCUGAACUCUGGAUCCUGAUCUGUGCUCGAUGUGUUCUCUACAUGUCUCCUUCCACACAGAUCUUUUGGACUUCAGCCGAGGCAUUGGCAGGUGAAGAACACUGACACCUGAAACGCAACAAGCAACAACAGUGACCUGGAUGCACAGUAAACACUGACUCAGGAGAAACUGUCUACAAAAAGCAGCAGCCUCCUCGAUGCUCUCAUCAACGGACGAGAUGUCUCGGUGUCUCCCGGUUCUGCUGCUGGUGGCUCUGGCCUGCCUGGCUCGGCUCGGCUCGGCUGCGCCCUUCGACGCCCAGGCAGAGCUGAAGAAAGCACAGACCGCCCUGGAGGAGCUGAAGGCUGAGAGGCGAGCGAUGAAUGAGCGUUUGGAGGUGGCUGAGAGGCAGCUCAAGAGAGUCAGAGAUACACCUAAAGUUGCAUUCGCUGCCUCGCUGGGAGGAAACGGCCUCGUGAAGACAACAAACGGAAACAAAGAUCUCCUCUACAAGGACGUCCUGACCAACGUGGGUGGAGCUUACAACAAAGAGACGGGUGAAUUCACAGCACCGAUUCGUGGAGUCUACUACAUCCGCUUCACUGCCAACGCCCCCACCGACUUCACCAUGAGUGCCGUUCUCUACAAAAAUGACGCAGAGAUCCAGCUGAUUGCCCACGAGCAGCCGUCCGGCGCCGGCAGCGACACGGCGUCCAACGGUGGCGCCUUCCUGCUAGAGAAGGGUGACAAGCUGAAGAUGGUGCUGUGGCACAACACUCAGAUCUGGGACAACAGCAACCACCACAGCACCUUCAGCGGCUUCCUGCUCUUCCCCAUGGUAGAUGAACCGCUGAAAGACUUAAGUGUUGAAGACCAGCUGAAGGACCUUCAGGAGUCUCUGGUGCAGCUUCAGACUGAAAACUCUGGUGUCAAGGCAAGACUGGAGGCCACAGAGAAGGAGCUGAAGGCGAUCAGAGAUGAACCGAAGGUGGCGUUUGCAACUUCUCUUGGAGGAGACGGCCUCCAGAAGACAACAAAUGGAAACACAAACCUCAUUUACAAAGACGUUCUGACCAACAUCGGGCAGGCGUACAACUCUGAGACAGGUGUGUUCACAGCCCCUGUUAAUGGAGUCUACUACAUCCGUUUCACCGCCAACGCCCCCACCGACUUCACCAUGAGCGCCGUUCUCUACAAAAACGAUGCAGAGAUCCAGCUGAUCACCCACGAGCAGCCGUCCGGUUCGGGCAGCGACACGGCGUCCAACGGCGCCGCCCUGCAGCUACAGGCAGGAGACAGACUGUCAAUGAAGCUGUGGCACAACACUCAGAUCUGGGACAACAGCAACCACCACAGCACCUUCAGCGGCUUCCUGAUCUUCCCCAUGUGAGGAUGAAGCUCUGUCUGCACCAAGACCAAAAUCUGGCUGAUAAAAAUGAAUAAAAACUGAAACAUCA